AUGGCGACUCAAACCAGAGGCCACGGCGGCCAUUCUCACCAUCAUCACCAUCACCACCACGACAAUGUCUACCUCACUUCGACGGACAAAAGCGACGCGGGGGUGCGAAUCACCCGGAUCGGCCUGGUUGCCAAUCUCGUCAUGGCAAUCGGGAAGUUCGUCGGCGGCUACGUCUUCCAUUCCCAGGCUCUGAUCGCUGAUGCCUAUCACGCCCUGACCGAUCUUGUUUCCGACUUCCUUACUCUGGGGACCGUCGCUUGGUCCCUGAAGUCCCCGACGGAGAGGUUCCCCAACGGCUACGGAAAAAUCGAGAGCAUUGGUGCGCUCGGAGUGAGCGGGCUCCUGCUGUGCGGAGGCGUGUUUAUGGGCUUGAAUUCGGGUCAGGUUCUGCUGGAUCAGUUCUUCCCGGAUGCCGCGGAAGCGAUUGCUCACUCGGGAGUUUUGGGCCAUGGUCAUUCGCAUAGUCAUGGAAUUGACGCCCUGGGACCGAAUAUCAAUGCAGCGUGGCUUGCUGCCGGGUCGAUUGUCGUCAAGGAAUGGCUUUACCGUGCCACUAUGAAAGUUGCAACCGAACGCAAGUCCUCCGUCCUCGCUUCGAACGCCGUGCAUCAUCGCAUCGACUCGCUCACGAGCAUUGUCGCCUUGUUCACCAUCGGUGGAUCGUACAUGUUCCAGGACGCCUCCUGGCUGGACCCUGUGGGCGGCCUUCUCAUCUCUCUGAUGGUCAUCAAAGCCGGCUGGGGAAAUACGGCGACCUCGCUUCUCGAACUGGCCGACACGACGGUGGAUGACGAGAUCAAGCAAUCUGUGCGCAACGCGGCUACGAAGAUCCUCACCCAACUGGAAGGCUACGAUGCGGUCACAGUCCGCGACGUCCAGGGCAUGAAGUCGGGCCAGAACUACCUCAUGGAGCUCGAACUGGCGGUGCCAGGGGCUUGGCCGAUCAGCCGUUCUCGCGAGAUCGAGCAGGCUGUCCGGCAGGCGGUCGGGGCGGGUGUUCGCGGGGUCAAGCGACUCAAGAUCCGAUUUGUACCCUCGGAACUGGGCCACUCUGAUUUUACGGAGGAAUUUAUUGCCCCGGAGGUUGUUCGACGGAGUAACCCGGAGCUGCAAGAGGGCGAUAUUGACGCUGUACACGAAGCCCACGUGCAUGACCACCAGCACCAGGGAAACGAGCCCCGCAAGACACGCUGA